AUGCAGGAGAUCUUAAAAAUUCUAUUUAAAUCUGCUUUGGACAAAAGUCUGAACUACUCUGGAUUUGAAGGAGUCGUGAUCAUAGUCCUCUUUGUGCUUGUUCUUCUGUUCAACCUCUUCUUUAUUAUUUUCUUGUUUUUGAGAUUUUUUGGUAAAGUAAGUCUACGGAUCAGGACUAUAUUCAAUGUUCUGGCUGAAAUCACCUUCGAUGUCCUUCCUUCUCUACAAUUCAUCCUCCUGUUCUUCAGCUUUGGAUCCAGAGGAGGUUUCUUGAUCGUGGCAGUUUUACCAGUGUUUCUCACGGUCAGCAGAUACGACUGGGACUUUACCUGUGGUCAACAGAUGGGCUGUUCACCUGCGGUCAGGAGAUCCGUGUAUUUAACUCUCAUGAUCCUGAUCAAUGCUCUACUCAUCUACUUCUACAUCACAGCUCUGGAGAACCAGAACGAUGUUGUUGGAUGGAGCUGUAUGCUUGUGUUUCUUCAGUUUCUCUGGACCCUGAUCAACUUCACAUGGUCAUUUCCAUCAUCAUUCGAUCUUCCCCGUGUGACUGUGGUGUAUGUGUUCGGAUCAGUCGGUGUAGUUUUACUCAACUCUGUUGCUCUGAUGACUGAAGUGAUCCUGAAAACAGUUAAUGGUGAAGGAUUGACGGGAGACAUGAGGAUCUCAGUCUUCUCCACCGAGUUCAUCUUCACUUUAAUUCUCCUGGUUUUAGUGGUGUUUGAACCCUGGAUCAAACCCUGUCUGGAUUCGUGUCAGAAAUCAAUGAAGUCUUGUCGAAGCAGAGGCGCUGGAUCACAGAGUCAGGAAUCUGAGCAGAACCCAGCAGCGGGUUGCGAUGAAGCUCCAGCCGCUGGAUCAGACCAGAAGCAGAUCACGGCAGAAUCACACGAGAUGAAUCCUCUACUGAACGAACAAACCCAGGAGAACCACAGGAGCGACGCGGCGGAGGAGACCGAGCCGAACUCAGUGAUUACACAAACAUAACCUGCAGACAGAGAAAAGCUCUUCACUGUGAGGAACACCUCAGUCUCCUUAUUCAUACGCUGGCUUGGAUUUGUAAAUAGCUGUAGAUGUAUACAGAUGUUUAAAUGCCGUAAAUUCAUGUAAUAGCUUUUAUAACUAACUCUAACUGUAAACCGGCUUCAGCCGUCCAGAUAACACUGAGUCCUUUGAGUCUCGAGCUCACAGUGAAGGAGCGUCUCAAAUCAAUCAAUCAUUUUUAUAUAGCGCUUUUAACACUGAACAGUAUUAAACAGGAGAAUAUAGGAGAUUUUAUAAGACAAGUGUCCAAACUAAACAAGUCAGGAAAGAACCAAAACCCCAUCCCUUACAGAAUUGAGAAAAAAAGGUUGGGGUCAGUUCUCCUCUGACCGGACACCCAGCGCUUAAUUUCUAGUUCAAUUUAAACGCAGCUAUGUCAGAUUGUGCAAAGGAUUUAUUUUAUGAAUAUUUAGCUAAAUGUCCAACAAUUAUUAUUAUUGUUGUUAUUUCUUAAUAGAACUGCAUUUUCUUUAUCUCUCUGCACUGCCAAAAAAAUGACAAUAAAACUAACUCUCACUAUUACUGAA